AUGUUUCGUCAGUUGCGCACAAGUCGUUCGAGAUUGUGGUCACGUCAGGUUUCAUUGCGAAAGAAGAUUUCUAAAAUGAAGAAAGGUAGAUCUUUAAAACUAUUAAAUAUGGUAACUAAUGUAAUACAGGGUCCAGAUUCAAAUACGCUAAAUUCAACGGAAACUGAAGUGGAAAAAUCAGAUGAUGAAUUGAUACAGUUGAGUCAGAUGCAGAACGAAAAUGUCAGAGAUUCAGAGGUGCUUUUACUAGAAACAUUGUUCAAUAUGAUUUAA